AUGAUCCUUGAACCAGCUAAAAGACGUAUUGAUGAUUUAAAUGAAAAAGCAAAUCGUUUGAAAUUAGAUGUUUUACGUGAAGCUCAAGCGCAAAAUAAUGCAAAAAUUAAAUCUAUUACUGAACAAGCCGUUAUUUUGAGUGCUGAAGAUGCUAAUCGUCUAUUAACAUCAACAUCCACAAUAGUGAUUACAACUAAUGCUAAAACUACUAGUAUAACUCAGGUUGCUGGUACAACAGCUGUUGUAGAUAACUUAUUCCCUAGACUGACAUGA